AUGUCUUUGAACAAAAAAGAAGAAGAAGAAAGGGGGGUACCGGUAACAUUUUAUGAGAUGAGGUCAACUUGUUCUUUUCCAAUGACCUCAAAAUUACCACACGAAAUACUCUCAAUCAUUGCAAAAUUUCUCCCUCCAGAUACCCGGAGUAUUUGUUCAAUAGUCUGCAAACAAUGGCAACAGCCAUUCCAAGAUGCAAUUCCGAGUGAAUUGAGCAUCACUAACCAUAAUCUAAAGGACAUUUGCGAUCAAUUAGAUUCAAACAUCUACUUUAAAAGACAUCUCGUGCAGCAUUUAAAUUUAUAUUGCAUAUCAACACGUAACCGAGAGUAUCUUCCAGUAUUGCAGAGCCUUUUCCCAGCUAUACAAUCUUUUCACUAUGUAGAGCAAACCAAUAGAGAUAUAUCGAUCGAAUCUUUACUUGAUUUUGGUCUCUGGAAGUCUCUCACGCAUCUCGAUAUAUAUAUACAGCAAAGGUCCAAUUUUGAAACGAAGAACGUACUCGAAAAAUUAUCUAGUCUACCGCAUAUUGUCCAUUUUACGUUCAUGCGUAUGCACCCUUAUCUAGCACCAAGUUUCGUUACAUGGCAAGAUAUUGAUUGCCUACAUAAUAAUCUACCGCUAUUGAGGGUUUUGAAACUUGGAGUACGACUUUUUCCAAUAUCAUCAGACGACAUCAGUACCAUAAGACAGACCGUCCCUGCCAAUAGAAUGGCAUAUGCAAAGUACACGGAUUCAUAUAUCGAUUCUACGUGGCUAUUUUACUUUGCUUUAAAAUAUCCCUUUCUACGCACAAUCGAUUUUUCAGAUUACUUUCAUAAAAGGGAGCCAUACGCCGACUACAACAAAGAACGUGAAAUGAAAUUGCUCUCAACACACCCUAGUUUUUUUCUUCACUUGAAAAAUGUGUAUGUGUACGAAAACUCUCGCAACGGAUGGCCAAUGACCACUUUCUACGAUACUCUUUCCCACUUCUCUGCUCCACUUAAACAUAUGGAUAUUAAUAUCGCGAACGGUAACGAUGGCUAUGCUUUAACGCACAAUAUAAAUACAUGGGCGAAUUUAUUCUCGAAAACAAUGGAAACACUAGAUAUCACCGUAUCAUUUGCCCGACACACCUCAAUGUCAAAUCCAAUUACUCUUUCUAUAUAUCCCAGACUGACAAAACUGGUUAUAUCUGCCGAAUACAAAUCUAUUGAAAUAGAUCACAUUCUGGAUCAAUGCCCUGGGUUACUAAUGCUCAAGUUAUCUAAAAACGCAAUUAGUCUCAGAAAUCCCUCAUCAGCUUUUCAGUCAACACAUGGUCUACGAAAACUAUAUGUAGAUAUAUCAGACACCAAUAUACGUGUUAUAAACUACGUCUCCUCCCGUUGCAGGCAGUUAAAAUAUCUAACUUUGGAUAAAAUAGCACCCAAGGAUACCGAUUUUGACAAAACAGGCUAUUUACUUUUUGACAUGUCCUUUUCUCAGUUGAAUGAGCUUAGAAUGUGGGACUUGAAGCUUGAGGGCGGAUUCAAGUUUUUUGUUAUUGAGCAAGCAGAAACUGUUUUACAGUACACCGAAAAUAGUCCAAUGGGACACUCAUCAGAACAAAGCUCUUCGACACAAGGCUAUAGGUCAGAGUGGUAUCACACAGGGAAGGAUGGACCACUCGGUAGAGAAAAGAAAAUCGUGUGGAAGCUUAAAGAAGACGACGUUGAAUUUGUCAAGACAUAUUAUCAAAAAGCCAAAGACAAAAAUUCAUAUUCAUAUAAGCCCAGUAAGCCGCAAAGUGAUUACUUGGAGGAUUUGACAUCAAAAGCAUCCUGGAAAGAGGAUGUUUAUGGAGGUUAUGUAGUAUUUAGAUGUAAACAUGUCAAAAAAUACAACGUCGGCUUGUAG